UUGAUCAUCUAUCACUUCGUAUCCCUGUUGCGAGAAAGCAAGUAAUCCAUGUAAUAUGGGGAAGCCAAGCCGAAGACAAUCCUCCCUUAUCCUGGUCUGUCUAUUUAAGACUCUAAUCAUUGUGAGAGCUGCUUAAACCACGCCCCCCCAGACUUCACGCCGCUCUGGUCUUCCUCUCUCUUUUGCCCUCGAAGACAACUUCUCUCUCUUUGGCCUUCUCCCCUUCAUUCACACCUGUCGCUCCUGAAGGCGUCGCAAUAUCCAUCAAUCCCCAUCAAUCAUAUCUAUCGAUCGAUCGACCUCUCGACAAUGGCUACCUCUGUUCUGCCGCAUAUUGGCUCUCUUGCAGGUAAGAUCGCGAUUGUGACCGGCUCGUCCUCUGGCCUCGGCCGCGCAAUCUCCCUCGCCUACGCCGCCAGUGGAGCUUCUGUUGUCUGCGCAGACCUCUCCCCGAAUGCUCCGGAAUCAUCACCCGGCCCCAGAAUCCCCACGCACGAGCUGCUAAAUGCACAAAGUGCCAACGGCAAACCAAGAUCCAUCUUCGUGGAAUGCGACAUGACAAAAGCUGCAAGCGUGGAGGCUACGGUCGCUCGAGCCGUCCAAGAGUUUGGCCGCCUGGACAUCAUGGUGAACAACGCCGGCAUCCUCGCAGAAGCGAAAGCGGGCAAAGUUUUCCCACGUAUUCAAGACACGCCCGAGUCAGUCUGGGACGCCGACAUGGCAGUCAAUGGCAAAGGCGUUUGGCUUGGCUGCAAGUACGCCAUAGCGCAGAUGCUACGCCAGGAGCCUUGGGGAGGCCCUACCGGAGAUCGAGGUUGGGUGAUCAACAUGUGCAGUAUUGUUGGCCUGGUCGGAUUCUCGGGCACAUCCUGCUACUCAGCAACCAAGGGCGCAGUGCUGCAGAUGACCAAGGCGGUGGCAUUGGAAUGUGCCAAGGACAGGAUUCACGUGAAUUGCAUUAACCCAGGAUUCACCGAUACAAACAUGCUGGCGCCUCUCAAAGCGGAGCACGGUACGGAGAAAGCGGAAUCCAUGCUGGCAGCGUUACAUCCCUGGGGAAGGAUGGGGAGGAUGGAGGAUAUUGCCAAGAUGGCAGUUUUCCUUGCCGGGGACGGAGCGGGUUGGUGUACCGGUGGGGCAUAUGUAGUUGAUGGAGGCUAUACCGCACAAUGAGGAGAACGACGUGGAAGGAUGGGGCUCGCGAGACUGUUUUCUCUCCUAUCUAAUUCCUGUGUGCUAGCUGAGUGAGGGAGGACAGCCACUUGGGGUCGAUAUUCUUCUCUGCUUGAUCAUACCCAAGGAGUAGUCAAUAAGCUAGUCCCAAUCCAUC